CAACAAUUCAUCUUCUAUCGAUUCUUCCACACCAAUAAAUCUGGUAGAGUUCGUUCUCGGUCUCGAAUGCGUCAAUAUCUUCGGAUUCGGUGGUUGUGUCUCGGUGUAAUGUAACUGAGCAGUGGUCUUUGAGACAUUUAAUGUCGCUUCUGUUGUUGUCAAUAUGUAACGAUAAAGAAUCAGUCUGACAAAACACAUCGUACAAGACUCGCACGUCGCUGUCCAUCAGAGCUCUCCGCCUCCAUUCUCCUCUCGUGCUCCUCCGCGCAACAUCUCACAAUCCAUCUGCGCCUUCAUUUAGAUCUAAAUUUAGAUCUAAAUUUACAACAUGAUUGCAUUGUCACGGUUACUUGUUGUUUCUGAAUCUAAUUUCCAUACGGUGCCUGGGCGAAACAUUAUCUCUUCAUAAUCUGUAACUGUAUCUGUUAUUAAAGAAUUUACCAUACUUACACACGUACUCAACAGGAGCAACAGGAAAAGCUACUACGACGAGAAUGACCAUCAACAUGAUGAAGGCUGGUCGACACCAGAGUAAGAGAAUGAAAGGAGGGGGUGGGCGACGUCGUGAGAAGCGGAGAGUGUCUGCCCUUCACCGAAGCGGAGCGCUUUCCCUCGCGGCGCUUUCUCUGACGAUUCAGGAUGACUUAUGGAUAAGGAUACUUUAUUUUCAUCAUUGUAAAUUUUCAAAAAGAUGAGGGAGUCCAUUGUCAAAAAAGAAGAUAACUUCAAUGUACUCACUCACACCCAAUAAUCACGGUUGAAUCAUGAAAUGCUAUCUCUAAACGACGCGCAAACCGGCGGCGCGUUUGCGAAGAAAGUUGUUCAUAAGAAGCGGACGACGCAAAUCCUUGCGGACAAGCAAAAGCCAAAGACCUCAACUUCUACGAACGAGACGCCCAGCAGCGAAGAAGGUGCUACUAUUUGCCUACAGAUUUUCCAAAUCGACCCAUUUGCAUUUGCGAUGUGAGUAAACGUUUUCACUCAAAACGAUCAAAUGGUACAUCAACCUUACUCUGCAACCAAUUUUUUUUCUCAAAAUUAGAUAGUAAUUGAAAUUAAAUACAACAAAAACAGUGCCAACGGAUACGGAUUACCGAACAGAGGCAUUCGAAGCUUCUGAUGAAGGCGGCUCCGCCAAAGAAGGUACCUCUAGAGAAUCACCGUAGAGUAGAUUUCAUUUGGAAUAUGGAUGGAGCUGACGAGGAAUACGUUGCGCAUCGCGCUUUUCAUAAACAGAACUCAAUAGUACAUUACGAGAAGAAUGCACUGAGUUCUCACAAGAAAGAGAGUCAAUGAUCAAAAUAUAAUAACAUCACAUCACGACCAUAAGCAUAACCAGGAUCUGAAAGGUAGCACGAUGAAUUAUCGAAGUUCUCUACCCUGCUAGGUCAAACUCAAACUGCUUCUGCUGAGCGGGGAGAACCGCCGGCGGAGGCUAUGAGGUCCGAUGGCAUAGAUACGGAGUCAAUAGAAGAGGUGGUUGUUCUUAGUGACACUCCUGGAACUAACGAGAGGGCGAGCGCAAGAGAAGGAGAACAAGAUGAACAACCGCUUCAGCGGUUUACAACAGCAGCUCAUCCUGAUCCAAACAAGCGUAUCACAAGAAUAGUCGGCCUCGGCAGGCCCGAGGAGCGCCGUUCUUCAAGUCUGCUCGAAAACCGGAUCGAAGAAAUGAUAAGUGACAUCGACGCUAUCACGUACGGAAAAAAUGUAGGAGCUGACAACCAAGCAGAAUCAGGCUCAAAUAAAGAUCAACAUGAUAAGCGACAAUCUUCUUCUUCUUCUUCUUCUUCUUCUUCGUCAUCUUCUUCUUCUUCUUCUUCUGUUUCUGACGCCUAUAGUACCAAAAAUGACGCAGAUGCAACUAGAUCCAGUUUACAACUAGAAGAGACCACCUCGGACAACGGAUCAGGACCUGCUUCCAAUCAAGAAGUACAACUAGCAUAUGAUCCACGUGUAGGUGUGGACCGUGAGCAAUCGUUCCAAGAACUAGGAGAAGUUUUGGCACGACAAACAUCUUUGUCCAACGACAUGGAUGGAGCUGCCGCCGGAGAGCAUGAUGAUGAUCACGAUGAAUCCGCGUUCGCGGCAAUUGCCUCGGGAUUUCUUCUUGUCUGAGAAUAUGUGCUUACUUCUACUCGUAGUCACUGGGACUAGCCUAGUCCGACUACGACUAGGUCCUUUACUCCAAUUUGCACGACCACAAGAUGAGGCACUAAUCCAACAAAAGUUGUUGUACAGAAACAAGUAGAAAACAAGACCAUGUUCAUCCAAACUAUCGAAAGGUAAGAACUAGAACUACAACACGCAGAGAAAUUAGACUGAAGUUAGAACAAAGAACUGCGAGAGAGGUCGCACCAGAUACACGGAGCAGAUCAUCCCCACUUCUGCUAUUUCGUUAACAUCAAUAAUUUACACUCACUUGCAGGCGGCCUGUCAUAAAUUGACGACCACGGUGACGACACUCAUCAAACCAAUAAUAGGAAACUGAAAUCUGAAUCAAAGACCAUACUCUACCUUCGCAUAUUAUACUUCAACCAAACGCAUAAAAAUAACACGCCAUCACUGUAAAAUGUCUUCCAAAUAUUCGUAACUUCAACCCACGAGCAUGAAUGUUCCCUACCAGCAAAAGAUGAAAUAUCCGAAUUUAUUAUCAUUAUUAAUCAGUGUGACAAAAACAAUAACAAUAUGGUCAUCGUCACGUCAUGGAUAAAAUUUUGAUUUUGUACUUACUAGAUACCCAUGAACAACUAUCCAAAGGGGAAGCAAUUCCAAUGGAAGAACCACCGACUCUGUAUUGAUAUGACACCCAAGCAACUCAUACUCAAGAGGAAGUCAAAGACGAAACACCUACUUCGAAGAAAAUCUAAAUACAAGACCAUCACCAUUUGAGACAAUAGUGUGAGAACUCGUGAUCCUAGUGGAAGUGUCUUAUGCAGGAAAGGAU